AUGUCUACGGCCUUGAACCACCAAGCCUCCGCUUCUUUCUGCAUCGAAGCAGUACCGAGGAAAGAGAAGAAAUGGCUUUCCCUUCUAUCUCUGCGAUUUGGUGCAGUACUAUGCACCAUGAUAGCGAUAAUCUGCUUUGCCUGGGCCAUGGUUCAGCAUCGUGAAGGAGUCGUUUCGAGCGAUGGGCUGGGAGAAGCAUGGUCUAGCAUCAACCUAGGCACGGCAUCAUACGGAUUCGUUUGGUCCACCGUCUUUCUCGUCGUCGUCUUUUGCAACUGCGCUGUCCACCCGGGUGUGAUAGUCGCAUUCGACUGCAUUGCGUUCAUUGCCCAGUUAAUCACAGUCUGUUUCGAUUUGCACGAGCUUGCCUAUUGGAACCUUGGUGGUUAUUCUUACUCCAGUACCCAUAAUGUUGGUCCAUUGUAUGCGGCUGAGUGUUUGGGCCUCUUCAACCUCAUUCUUUGUGUGCGUGCCUCUAUUGCCUGUCAUAAGCUGCGGAAGGCUCGAAAGCAGCCAGACGCCAAACAGGAAUUCGACGCAUGA